UCGCAAUUGGAAAGCAUCCGUCCUGUACAAUGUUGAGCCAACUGUGACCGAUAAGCUUUGCCCAAAAGGACGUCAGUAAUGCUUAUCCAUGUGAAAAUUAGCUCCUAAUGCCUAAACACUGACUAUGCGGGUAAUAGGCGUAUUGGUUUUCUGUCAGUAACUCUGUGGUGGUAUCGUAUUCGGCACAUCUAGGAAGCGGCUUACACCAGACCUUGAGUACCAUUUCCUGACUGGUAUACUCCAUAACUUCCUGAGACUGGACAAUCGGUAACGCAAGGGAUAACGAAUGAUGGAACAACUGAUUGGGCCUGAUUUCCACAGUAUGAUCAGUUUAUGGAUUGUAGGUCAUCAGGAGCAGGGAGGAUUACUUCAUACUUCAGGCAAUCAGAUCGUAUAAAACCGAACGUCAUUCCAACUGUAAUGUAACUUCGGUAUUUCAAGAAUUCACGUGAAAAGCGACUGCAGGGCAAAGCGACCGAAAGAACAUGAAACAACGGGAAGACGCGCCCAGGCCUCUGGUCAAGCCCCGCAGCGUGGUGGUAGCCGUCUUGCUGGUGCUAGUAGUUGUUGGAGGAAUACCGGGCAGUUGGUGUGCCAGCACUGAAAGACCCCUCCCGCGCGUGUUGUUUUCACGCCUGGAUGAUAUACGAAAGUACUUGUGCGAGAGGUCGAGCUGUGGGUCGGGGUCCGGACUGUGCCGAGGGGCAGAUUGCCCAUCUGACACUGAUCGAGAUUACACAUAUUGUGAGAAACAGACUUCUGAUACUUUCUCCAAUGAAGAUUAUUUGUGCGACGAGGAUCAGCAACUGUACUGUACAUAUGAUGACGCCAGUGUCUGUGUUUACGACCCUGGCGACUCCAGCCACUCUAGAAGUUGCUUGUAUCGCCGCAACGUACGAGGCGUGAUCGUCAUAUACUGCGUCUGCGAAGGACCUGAAGAACGUAUAGGCUACAGCUGCAGCGAAGAUGCACCACCAGCUGUGACGCAGCCCCAGUCGACACACCAUCAAACGACACCGCCUCAUUCGACGGCAGCCUCAAUGAUGCCUUCUGGGCAGCUCAAUGUGGAGGCAAUCGUUAUCGGCACUGUCUUGUCGGCAGUCGUGCUCCUCAUUUUUCUGGGAAUAUUUUGGCUGUGUUUGACCGACAGACUGACUUUCCACAGGAGGACUGGUAAUGCUGCCACUACAGCUGUUCCUUCUUCUCCCGUCGAACCGAAUCGAAAAGAUGGUAACCAGCCUCUGGAGUUGAAAUCACAAGAACGUCGAAGAAACUCAUACCAGCAGCAUGACCAGGUUGUUAAUUCGGACGUCGCGUACUACAAGUCCUUGGAAUUAAAUCGAGACCAUUACUAUACCAAAAUACACGACGACGGGGGCGCCUUCCGAUGGGAACAAAACGACCAUGUGCAGAAUGGCCCCAUUGUUGGGCCCUCAGCUCCGCCCAUCGAGGAGCCCGGUAAUACAGAGGUCACGGCCGACCAUCAGUAUUUCGUAUUGGAGCGCGAUAAUGAACACACGGAGGCGGACGACUUUCAUGAUGAUGACCCACAAGGGGUGCCGACCGACCACGACUACUUUGUGUUGGAGAAGGAUGACUCUGAAGACAGGAAUGCCAAUGAAGGUGACUCGAAUGCUAAAGAGGGCGCCCCAUCACUGACAACCUCCGCGCCAGGGGCUCUUGAGCAAACGUCGCACGAUCGGGUCCAAGACAUCUCAGUGACGCCUCUUUGAGCCCAGACAAUGGAUACG